AUGGCAAAGAAGUUGCUAAACCUCCUCUACUUUCAGCUUAUUCGUGGUGGUGUUGAUGCUAUUCGGUUGGCAUGUCAAAAGUAUUGUUUGAAGACUGGGUAUCGCGUUACAAAAGUGAAGAAUGAUCGUGAAAGGCACACUUGUGGAGGUGGUGUCAAGUUGAGAUGUCCUAAAGUAUCGAAGAAGCUGGUACACAACCUUAUUCAUGAUCGUGCGAUGCACAAUCCACUUAUCAAGCCUCGUAAAAUUGAAGAUUACAUAAAAUGUGGGGCUGGUGUUAAUAUCAAGUAUCAUCAUGCAUAUCAUGGUUUGGAAAUGUCACACCGUGAAAUUUUUGGCAAUGAUGUAAAGUCUUACUCCGAUCUGGUUUGGUGGGUUAAUUCAUUGAAAGAAACAAAUCCUGGAUCUUAUGUGUAUUUUCAAUAUAAUGACGCAACUCAAACAUUUGAAAGGUUAUUCAUUGCAAUAGGCGCUUGUAUUGAAGCAUAUGCAUUGGUCCCUGGAGAAGAUGUUGACAAUUGGGAUUGGUUUAUGCGCAAUCUUAAGAACAUUGUUGGUGACCGCCCUAUCACAUUUAUGUCUGAUCGUCAUGAAGGAUUGUUGAGGUCUAUUCCUGCACAUUUUCCGAAUUCCCAUCAUGGCUAUUGUUACUACCACUUGAAAGGAAACCUACCAAUCAGGACAUCAGACGAGAAGUAUAAACAAGUUAUGACUUGUUUCAAAAAAGCAACUUAUGCUCUCACACCAGCAAGAUAUGAAGAAGCACUUAUGGAAAUGGAGUUAAUAGGAAGGCCUGGGGUUGCUAACUAUUGUCGCAAUAUGCCUAGGGAACAUUGGUCCAGCGCGUUCUUCACUGGCUGUAGAUUUGGUCAGACUACAUCAAGUGUUUCUGAGUCUUUAAAUAAUUGGAUUCGGAAAGACAAGAGGUUGCCUGCCUGGGCCCUCGUUGACAUGAUCGGGUUACGCAUUAUGGAGUUGAUGAAUGAACAUCGCGAAUUGAGUGUUUUGAUGGACCCUGAGUUGCUCACUCCUACCUACCAGGCGUUACUUAAAGAACAUAUUCAAAUUAGUCGAGUUUGGAAUGUUACUCAAUCAUCUGGUUAUGUCUAUGAGAUUCAUUCACCUAGGUCUCACACUGUUGCUCUGCUGAGCAAGACUUGCACCUGCCAAAGAUGGCGUGUUUAUGGUUUUCCAUGCUCUCAUGCUGCAACAACUAUUUCUUCCGAGGGUGAUAGAUACGUAGAUUAUAUCCAAGACUAUUUUAAAGUUACGAAUUUUCAGCAGCUGUAUUCAAUUAUGUAA